UUUGCUUUCGGUUUUUCCGAGCUGACAGCCGGCGGCCCGGCCCGGCCAUGGAGAACGGUACCGUCUACAACCAGACCACGGAACCGGAGGCGAAGGCGCCUCGCCGCUGCCCCUGCGGCUGCACCCUGCGGCACCUGUGGGGAUGGCGGCUGCCGGCCAAGGUGGUCCAGACGAUUUUUUCUUUUGUGGCUGUUGUUUGUGAAGAAAUUGUGGAUGAUUGCAGCACUUGUAGUGGACUUUACUUCUUUGAAUUCAUAAGCUGCAGUGCCUUUCUUUUGAGCCUCCUGAUUCUGUGUCUGUAUUGCACUGAUUUGUAUGAAUCACUGGGGAAAGAUAAAGUGCAGAAACUGAAUUUUUGGGCUGUGCCUGUCAUAGCUGCCUGGUUUCUGUUAGCAUCAAUAGUGUUUUCUGCAACCUGCUCUGGCUCUGCUGUUGAAAGUGCUGCAUGUGUAUUCGGAUUUUUUGCAACUUUUGCAUUUGCAGCUGAAUGUGGUAUAGAGCUCUAUCUCAGGCAAAAACAAAACAUCGAUGGACGCCCUGAAAAUCCUGGUAACACUCCAGGAAAAUCCAGAGAAAAUCAGCCAUUGAAUAAACAAAGAUAGCUUCCUAAAAUAGUUUCAGUUUUUUGUUUUGUUUUUUUAAUUGAAGCAAACUAAAAUGAGCUUUCAGUGCACUGUAGGUAAUAACUUCUCUUUCUUUGUUAUGAUCGAUUUUGUACGUAUUGCUCAUCAAAUUUUUAUGGAUUCUUGGGUCAGUUAAUGGCAUCUUGAGCAUCAUGUUCUAAGGUAACUGGUCCUGCUACCUGCUGGGAUGACAGGCACUAAAAAAGCUUGGGUCUAAACAGAAUAACUUCAGGACAGCAGUGUGCUGAUUCGAUUUUGACAGAGAUGACUAAUAAAGGUUAAUGUCUGAGGCAUAAAUUCUGAGCUAUAACCUAAAGAUAUUUCCCGGUUAAUUGGACCAUAUGCUUCUGUUGCAAGUUACAAAUUAGCACUGCAGGAUUCAUUUUUGUACUUCCUGGUCAAACUGAAUGUAAAAGGGAUACCUAACUGGAAUCUUACAGGAAUGUUUAUCCUUAAGUAAGGGGGUUUGGGUUGUUUUUACUACUGCUAUGUCUUACUUCUGUCUGUGGAGAUCAGUUUAAUGGUAUAGUGACUGUAAAGGGUUUAUGGGGAAGGUAAUGUAAAUGGUAUAUUAAAGAGACAGUUUUGCACCCCAUGUUUGUCAAAGUUUGGACUUGUAUACCAGAAUCUUCUUUCAGAUGGUUUCGAAAGUUGUAACAAUUGCAGGAAGAAACUCGAAGAGCCAUCUGUGAGAGGAAUAAGAUAAAGAAUAAAUAUUUACAUGAGACAACUCCAGAAGUAGCAAUCUGAGUAUCAAAAGGAAAAACCUUACAGCAUGUUGGUUCUAUCCUGGUGGAUAUUACUUGCAAGGUUAAUACCACAUGCAGCUUGUUUAUGUGUAGAUAAUGCUAAGUUUUGCCAGAAUGGUUUUGAACCUCACCAUUUUCUGUGUUUAUAAAUUUGGCAGUAGCUUGAGACUCCUUGCUGCUGACUAGCUCAGUUGGUAAACAGGUAAAUAAGCACUUGUCCCCUUGAUUUGUUUUACAAGUGACAGUCUGUAGGACUGCAAGGAACGCUGCUGAAGGGACACAUAUCAGACAAGUGACGGAUGUGUCAGACCAGAUAUUGAUGGCUGUAAAAGAAAUGAAGUAAAAGCAUUUUUCUGAUGUCUGAGGUAAAAGCAAGACUGCUACUCCUCUCUUAAGAGGAAAUUCUUCAAAAGCAGAGCAAAUUACUGUAAGCCAGGAGGUGUUCCACAAUACUAAAGCAAAUGAGAAAAAGCUGAUUAUGCAAAAACAAUUCUUGUUUGAGUGCUUGAGAUAUUUGAUGUGUCUCUCAGGUGUUGACUGCAUUUCACCGAUAUCCCAAUCUUGUGUGUUCCCAGUCCUGUAACCUCUUGCAGCAGCAUUGAGACCAAGCCCACCAGAAACUGCCUGAGCUGUAUUUGGAAAAGGGAGAAGAAGAUGUUUUAAGACAGAGAACUGUAAUAGCAAGUCAAAGUUGUUUUUUUUUCCAUUGCUGACACUUUCUGAUGAGUGUGAGCUUGUGAUGUUUUCUCUCUCUCUAUGGCCUGGGACUUAACCCUAACACUACACUUUGCUUGGAGGAUGUAAAAUUUUGCCAGGUGGCAUGAAGCACCAAGUUAAAGCUGUAGCUUGGUUUUAGAGCUAUGCAUAGAAGAGAUACUUUCCUUCAUAGAAAUUUCUGGUUUGUAAAGAAGAAAUGCUCUUUGAACAGUUUUGUUCUUUGGUUGGGUUUUUUUGUAUUUAUUAGUGUCUGUUUGCACUAAAACCUGAUUUCAGUCAGUGCUUGCUGUAGCUGUCUAAUAACUGGGGUAGAUUAGAUAUGUUAGAUUAGAUAUUAGAUAUGUUUGGUUUACAAGUGAUGUUACCAGUGAUAUCCACAAUGAGAAAUAUCUCCUCUAUGAUCUGCAAUGUCUUACUCUGGUGACCGUGCCCAUAUAAGUAACAUUCCAAUAGUCUUGUUUUGGUUUCUUUUUAUUGCCUAGAGUCCUACUGAAUUUUUGUCCACACCAAAAUGUCUACAGUCUUUAAAUCUUCAUCUGUAAUUGGUGGCUGUAAAUAUAGUAUAAGAGUAACACUGUGCUGCUAAGUAUUUAUUAAGCAAUGCAGCACCGUGAGUGGACUUAUCUUGAGGUAAUUUUUCCUGUUAUUUUUCUCAGUCUGAAGAUAGGUUAAUUGAAGUCUGGGUUUUGGUUGCUUUUUCUAUAGACUUUUCCCCACCUAAGCAAUGUGUUACUGGUGUCCAUUCCUGGAGAUACACAAAGGGAUCUGUAAAGUCAUUUCCUGGCCUUGGCAGUUUACCUGGCAAUAGUCUGUCACACAGUAGUUAAAUACUUAGGAGCAAGUGACAUAAAAUUAGGCAGUUGCCUAAAAUGUUGCUUCCAAAACAGUUGUUGGCUAACAUGCAUGAGGUGCUGUUAAUCCUUGCACCUCAUAAGGUGUUUUUGCACUGUUUUAAAAUAGUUGAGAAGCAGAUUUGUGUGUGUGUGUUUUCUGCUCUGUAAGGUUAUUUGUUUUAGCUACUUUUUUAGCUUCCUAUAUACUAACUUUCCUUAUUACUCCUAGCUCCUCUGCCCUCCCAGUCUAGGUGGGGGAGAGGCUUCCUUGCUGCAGUGACUAAGUAGACUGGUCUGCAGUCUUGACAUGCCCCUUUGAUGCCUCUGGUGUCAGGUGCUGGCUUUAAAUGUCUGUCUCUUAAUUAGACUGAUCCUAGAGAAUGCUGUUGGCGCUGGAUUAAAUGUCUGGUUCUGCAGGAGCUCUGUGUGUAUGGCUGGAUGUCCCUAACGCCUUGUGCUCUGUCAGCAAAGUCCUUUGCUUGUUUCCCAGCCUGCUUCUGAUGAAAUCAGCUGACCUUAUUAAAACCACCUAUUUAAAUUGCUUCCAUUAAGGUGGUUGAUUUUGGUUUAAGUGGAUUAGGGAUUGUUCAGGAGAAUGAUGGGAGCUCUAGCAGAAGUGCUGUUAGAUACAACGGCCUCCGAUUUCUUCUGUUGGCAAAGCGAACAUCUCUGUACCUCAUAACUGGUAGUAAAGCCUGUUGGAAAGAAGCAACUGGCCCAGUAUAUCUAUCUGGGGAUUGUCUUCUCCAUUCUUCAUCACAGUGCUUGGCAGCCUGCUUGGACACUCAGCUUUGGUGUUUUCGAGCUGAACCUGAUAAGUUAAAGCUCUGCAGCCUUAAAGGCUCUGCAGCCACUAUCAAGGCCUUUUCACAGUGCCUUGAGAAUCGGUGGAGAGGAUUUUUCAGGUUAUGUGGGGACUUGCCACAGUGGCUGGACUGUGAGCUUUUGCUCUGAAGAUCUGUACUGGGCAUUGUGUAGAUUGUGAAUGUUAAUUUUUGUGUUUGGUGUUUAGCCCAUGUUAAAAUCACAGUGCUACCCUUUGGUUCUGAGUAUGGGAAGGAAUUGUGCCUUACUACCUGUACCCUGUGCUUCAAAAGAGCAGGGAAGGGUUGUGAUCUGUUACAGGUGAGUUCUACCUUUGCACCUUCCAAUGUGAAAGAGCAGCAAGUGAUCUCACACAAUUCUCAGAGCUCAGCACAAGAUGUUUUUGCAUAAUGGCUGUCAUGGUGAUCCUCGUUCAAAUUUCUGCAAUAAAAUACCAAGCUUUCUACACUGAAGGGAAAUUCUUAGUGAAAUUUUUCAAAGGUUCUAUAAAGUUGUAGCAAAUCAAGAUGCUUAUAGUGCCUGUAAGAUGGAAAUUCAUCCCUUUUUUAGUCUAUUGCUGUAAACAUAAGCAACUCUCUGGAUAUUAAAUUCUAUGCUGGACAGAGCUAUAUAUCACUUUUAAUACCAUUAAGAAUUUAAGUGAUUUUUAAUUAUCAGAGCAGGAUGAUAAUACAUUAAUUUUAUAUAUAUGUAAGGUAAGAAUUAUGUCGUUUUAUUUCCAGUGUUGCCUUGAAUUUCCAUCUAAAUAAUUUUUAAAUGCUUAAGUAUUUUUUAUCAUUUUAAACCUGUGAUCUUUUUUAAUGAGUUGUUUUCUUGA